CACUCGGCUUCCCUCGCCAGGCCACUCCGCACCUCUCCUUCUCGGUGCUAGAACUCCGGCCGGCAGCUCCUUUUCUCGCCGUUGCCUCCUGCCCAGCGGAGAAGCGAGAGGGCGAGACAGCAGAGCGGGAAGGCCGGCCUUCGAAAGGCGCGAGGAAAGCCCGGCGCCGCCCUGCACCGGCAGAGCGCCUCCCUCCCUGCGCGGGGCGCCAGGGCAAAGCCCGGCGAGGGCGCCGCGGUCAAGUUCGGAUUGCCCCUUUCGGCUGGCCUGCGUGGAGCGCCGCACAUUCCUCCCGAUCCACCCCGCGAGGAGAAGGCGCGAGCCCAGCGGCGUCUCCACGCUUUCAGCGCUCUCCCUGCAGCCCGGGGAGGGGCGCCUCGCGUCGCCCACUCGCACCCAGGUCCCCGCCUCGGGAACUCCGGCGCCUCCACGUUGCUCUCCGUUCCUCCCCUAUCGCCGGGCCCCGCCGCCGCCUCCCGACCCCUCCCUCCAGGGGCCCGCGCCUCCCCUCCCCCACCACGGCCCCGGGCCCCCCAGCCCGGGCUCUCGAAGACCAGCCUUCGCUCCUGGCGCCCUCAUGUCUUCACUGGACUCCCCGCGCCGGUUGACGUGGUGUCUCGUUCGGAUCUCCAGGCAAAACCUCAGCUCCCUCGGCAGCAUCAGACAAGCUCGUCUCGUGCUCCCAGGUAGUGCGCCCCGAGUAGGCGCAGAGCGCUGCAGCUGCCGCUGAGCCGCCCGCAGCGCCCCCGGCCCGCGUUGCCCCAGCCAAGAGCGCAGCGCGUGCAGCCCUGUCACCCCCCGACCCAAAGCAGCAGCGGCUGCUCGGACCUCGGCUUCUGGGGGUGCGGGGAGCCGGCGGGAGAGUUGUUUGCAGCCCUCGCCCUGUUCGCGGCGGCGGCGGCGGGACUCUCGGCCGCCGCCUCCAGCGCGCCCUCGCUGCCCCGCGCGACCCCAGGAUUGCGAACUCUUGGCCCUGACCUGCUGGCCAGGGCUCCGCGCUCCAGCCAUCGGCCCGGAUGGGUGUCCUGGCUGGGACUUGGGCCACCUGGAGUUAAUGUCCAACCUGGGGUCUGCGGAGACCCGAUCCGAGGUGCCGCCGCCGGACGGGACUCUAAGAUGAAGUUAUGGGAUGUCGUGGCUGUCUGCCUGGUGCUGCUCCACACCGCGUCCGCCUUCCCGCUGCCCGCCGCAAAUAUGCCAGAGGAUUAUCCUGAUCAGUUCAAUGAUGUCAUGGAUUUUAUUCAAGCCACCAUUAAAAGACUGAAAAGGUCACCAGAUAAACAAAUGGCAGAGCUUUCUAGAAGAGAGCGACAUCGGGAAGCUGCAGCUGCCAACCCGGAAAGUUCCAGAGGAAAAGGUCAGAAAGGCCACAGGGGCAAAAACCGGGGUUGUGUCUUAACUGCAAUACAUUUAAAUGUCACUGACUUGGGUUUGGGCUACGAAACCAAGGAGGCACUGAUUUUUAGGUACUGCAGCGGCUCCUGCGAUGCAGCUGAGACAACGUACGACAAAAUAUUAAAAAACUUAUCCAGAAAUAAAAAGCUGGUGAGUAACAAAGUAGGGAAGGCAUGUUGCAGACCCAUCGCCUUUGACGAUGACCUGUCAUUUUUAGAUGAUAACCUGGUUUACCAUAUUCUAAGAAAGCAUUCCGCUAAAAGGUGUGGAUGUAUCUGACUCCGGCUCCAGAGACUGCUGUGUAUUGCAUUCCUGCUACAGUGCAAAGAAAGGGACCAAGGUUCCCAGGAAAUGUUUGCCCAGAAUGGAAGAUGAGGACCAAGGAGGCAGAGGAGGAGGAAGAAGAGGAAGAGAAGGAGGAGGAGGAAGGCAGCCAUCAUGGGAGCCUGGUAGAGGGAAAUCCAGCUACAGACAACUGGACAGGAGAGAGAGAAAACAGCCCUCUGGAUUCUCCAGGAUGGCAGCCAAUGUCACUAGAAGCUCAGGGCUGAUGUUCCUGGUUGGAUGUUACCACCGUUUCAGCUGAUACAGUCCACCAUCAACCGAUCACCGGUGUGGUCGCGGGUGCACUUGAAGAACCAAACCAGUGUAUCUCCUGUGGUUUGUUUCCAUGUGUUCGAAGACACCAGGGGAACAGGAAUCCUGGUGUCACGCCUUGUCAUUACGUUUUACUGCUGAAAUUAAGAGAGGCUUAUUUUUCUGUCACUCAGUGGAGACAUACCCUGGAAAGGAGAGGGAAAAAAAAAGCAAAGAUACAAGAGAGAAUUACCUUUGCAUUUGAAAGUCGAGGCCUGAGGUUUACUACAACCAGCAUUUUUGCCAACGGUUGGUGAUUGAUUUCCAUCACGGCGUGUGGGGUGGGAAGAAGUUGGCUAGGAAUCACAAAGGCUGUGCUCGUGAUUAAACACAAACCUGAAGGUGUUUCCUUUAUGUCCUUAGAAACAGGAAAUGAGUUGUGGUUUUCAGCAGCAUUCUUGUAGCAGAGAAGUGGGGAAGGCCCCCAGCUGCCCCCUGGUAGGGAGAGCCCACCUGGCCUGUUGGUUUACAGAGAGACAGACGGUACAUACCCAGCCCCGCUGAUGUGUGGUCACCAGUGACCGGAGAAGCUACUCGAUGCAAUGCAUCUGUUUCAGAUACAGAAACGUAGAGAAGAUAUUUAUUGAGAUUUAAGUUAUUGUUAUUUAUUAUCGUUCACUAAUGAGUUUCUCUUUUUUCCCUUAUUUAUUAAAGUUUCUUUUCAAAGGUGCCAAAGUAUAUGUGCUCGCAAAAUGCAAAGAAAGGUGACAAAAGGAAAUUUUAAUUGGGAACAAGGGUCCAUGCUUUUCAAAGUAUUAAAAAGUUUUUUGCUAGUUAAAAAUCACUUACUUUACCUUUUCAGGAAAAUUUCUUAUGAAUUUCCCCCCAGAUUUCAGCAUUUUUCCCAAUUUUUAUUUGUGGAGCAUCUUGGGCAGGCCCCCUUUCCUGGAGCAGCGUGCAGAGACCGACGGCACUUGGCUUUAUUUCUUCCUUGUUCCAUCGCUGAACAGAAAUGUCGUGGGCUCCACUCCUGUUGUAUUUAAGCUCUUGGUCCCCUCCACGUACAUCUAUCUAUACUAUGCAUAACCAUAUGUAGAAAAGGUUCAAUUCCCUUUAGUAGGUAGUCCUUGAUUUCAUGCUGACCUAAAAGUCACGUCAACAGUGCUGUCAAGUAGCUACCACUUUACCAACUCCCUCCAUUCCUGCCCACCCACCACCUUCCUGAGAAUACGCCGGCUGCCCAGUGCAGCCUGGGAGACACAGGGGCCCUCCACAGAUAGGGUCUGCCAGGUCCUAUACAACCCCUGGGCUGUCAUUGAGGGUCAACAGUUGCUGCUCCUAUAUACCCAAGCACCUGACAGCUCACUGGGGAGCAGAUGGCUGAGAAGGGUGCUGAGGAAGCCAUGUCUGGGCCAGCCAUAGGCUGGCUCCACACACAUGGAGCCUCAUACUUAGGAGUGUGCUGCCUUUAAAUGAAAGAGGUUAGGGCCAGUAUGGUGGCUCACACCCAUAAUCCCAACACUGUGGAAAGCCAAGGUGGGAGGAUCUCUUGAACCCAGGAAUUUGAGACCAGCUUGGGCAACAUAGGGAGAACCUGUCUCUACAAAAAAUUUUAAAAGCCAGGCAUGCUGGUGCACACCUGUGGUCCCAGCUACUCAGGAUUCUGAAGAAGGAAGAUCACUUGUGUCUAGGAGAUCAAGGCUGCAGUGAGCUGUGAUCAUGCCACUACACUCCAGCCUGAGUGACAGCUUGGUACCCUGUCUCAAAAAAAAAAAAAAGGAAGAAAGGAAGAAAAAGAGGUUAGAAGGGGAGGAAGCAUGGGGUGGGAACAGCCACCUCCUCUGUGCCCUCGAUUGUGAAUUUGCAGCCGACACACUAGGCCCUGUAUUAGAGCUUGUUAGACAUUUCAUAAAAGAGAUUUUCAUCAGGGAGAUGAUCUGUCACUACCUUAGUGGCUAUUAGCCACAAAACUAUGACAGAUUUAGCAAUUAAAUAAGCUACUGUCCUCCAUCAAGUAAUCAGCUUAAUUUUACAAAGUAACAAGAAGCAGCAGUUACCAGACAUCCCAUCCACUCCCCCCCAAAUGCCCAAAUUCUUCAUGGUUCUGCCCUUUUCUGUCCUUUCUGCUCCCCUUGCCCUCCUGGGACAUGGAGGAAAGGCCUUCCCUCUCACCCUCCCUUGGGAUCUUGCUGAAAGUCAGACUGCUCGAAACAGUGACAAACCCCAGCCAUCCAGGCACUCAUGGAGUGCAAUUCGGAUGUGGCCCUGGGGACAUCUGUCCCUUUCCGGGAUCCCUGGCAGGUGCAGUGGCCGCUGUUCCCAGGUUUCAACCUCAGUGACCCCCACCCCAGCUCCCCAUGGAAAGUCCCUGCCCAAAAAUGCUGUAGGAUCCAAUGGGUGUUGACAGCUCGUUCCUGGCAUCACCUGCACACCACAAGCAGGUUUUAAUGGAAGCAAAUUGCUCCACCAAAUCCACAAAAGGGUAAAGUUUGUGAUUUUUCUUGAUCAUUGUGAUCACCAUCUGAUACAGUAAGGAGUGCACUUGUUUGGAAGUUCUGACUUCUCUGAUCUGUCUUGGUCGUUUAUGUUAUACAACCAAAGUUCUCUACAGACUUUAUUUUUGUACAAUAUCAUUUUGUAACUUUUUACAAAUAAAAACCCAUUUCUAUUGC